UGUGACCAGGCUUCCGGCGUUAUGAGAAUACAGCUGAAAUAAAAAGGGACGGUCUUUGACGAUGACGGGGCUCUAAAAAGCUUCUAAGCGGCGCCCAGGAAGCUUUGAGCCACUUUUGAUAGGAAUCAGGGUUAGCAAAACUUCAGUUCACUGCUGCUAAGAAGGCGCAGGCUACCCGCUCGCCCUGGGGUGAGCUAGAGUAGACAUCUCUAUGGUCGAGUGACCAUAGAGAGGUUCCUUCCCAUGCGUGGGGCAACGCGUGAGCAGUAGCAGCUGCGCUGGAAAAAUGGCGGAGGAAGAGCAAAGAAAAAAGAUCCCUUUGGUUCCAGAAAAUCUCUUGAAAAAGAGGAAGGCAUAUCAGGCCCUCAAAGCCACCCAGGCAAAGCAAGCGCUUUUGGAAAAGAAAGAGCAGAGGAAAGGAAAGGAACUCAAGUUUAAACGACUAGAAUGGUUCCUACAUGAUUCCUGGCGGCAACUACGUGACAGAGUGCGCCUCAGACGACUGGAAGUGAAGCCUCAUGGCUUGGAAGUGCCAGAUAAACAUUCCUUGGCCUUUGUUGUACGCAUCGAAAGGAUCAGUGGGGUGAGUUCAGUGGUGCAGAGGACCAUUGCAAGACUUCGCCUGAAGAAGAUUUUCAGCGGUGUCUUUAUGCAGGUCACCCCUCAAACCAUAAAAACGCUUCGUAUAGUGGAACCUUAUGUGACCUGGGGAUUUCCAAAUCUGAAGUCUGUUCGGGAACUCAUCUUAAAACGGGGACAAGCCAAGGUCAAGAAUAAAAUCAUUCCUCUGACAGACAACACAGUGAUUGAGGAGCAUCUGGGGAAGUUUGGUGUCAUUUGCUUGGAAGACCUCAUUCAUGAGAUUGCCUUCCCUGGGAAGAAUUUUCAGGCGAUCUCAGGGUUCUUGCGCCCUUUCCAACUCUCAGUGGCCCGUCAUGCUACCAAGAAUAGAGUGGGCUUCCUCAAGGAAGUGGGCUCUCCUGGCUACCGUGGUGAACGCAUCAAUCAGCUCAUCCGGCAAUUGAACUAAACCCAGAAUACCUGAAAGCACAAUGCAUUGGAAGCAUGUGUUUUUGUCUUAUGGGAUUAUCACCCAGUAUCUUCAAGGAAGAUUAUUUUCUGCUGUAGCUUCAGAAGCUGGAGUGGAAGAGUCAGAGAAAGAUGAUGUUCACGGCAGGCACUUUUCAUCCCACCCACAGUACCAUGGAAAUACACAGUUCCUGUGUAUUUUCUGCAGUGACCGCCAUCUACCUCUGAAAAACAGCAAAGGACUCAUUCCAUGGAGAACGUAGUCCUGUUUUGUCACAUCUUCUAGGAAAACCCAAGCAUGAAUACAAGACAGCAGUGGCCCAAAGCCAGGGGCAUACUUGAACCUGUGGGCUCCUCGGGCCUUGCUUUGGAAAGAACUUGAAAUACAAUUAGAAAGAAGCACACAAAAAUAA